AUGACCAAAGCCAUUGGUAUUGACCUGGGUACAACUUACAGUUGCGUUGGUGUAUGGGAGAAUGAGCGCGUGGAGAUCAUCGCCAAUGAUCAAGGCAAUCGUACUAUGCCAUCUUAUGUCGCCUUUACUUCUUCGGAACGAUUGAUUGGUGAUGCUGCAAAGAAUCAAGUGGCUUAUAAUCCACGUAAUACGGUGUAUGAUGCCAAACGCCUUAUGGGCCGCCAAUAUGGUGAUCCAGAAGUGCAGGAGGAUAUGAAGCAGUGGCCUUUCCAGGUGGUGAAUAAGGAUGACAAACCCAUGAUCCAAGUGGAGAGCCAGGGCAAGCAGCGACAAUUUGCACCAGAGGAGAUUUCAGCCAUGGUCUUGAGCAAGAUGCGUGAAACAGCCCAACAUUAUCUUGGUGAUGAUGCAGUGGAGAAUGCAGUGAUCACAGUCCCUGCUUACUUUAACGACUCGCAACGACAAGCAACCAAGGAUGCUGGUACCAUUGCAGGCUUGAAUGUAUUGCGUAUCAUCAAUGAACCCACAGCAGCCGCUAUUGCUUAUGGCCUCGACCAUCAAGAAGAACGCAACGAAAGCCAACACAUCCUUAUCUUUGAUUUGGGCGGUGGCACGUUUGAUGUUUCAUUGCUCACGGUGGAAGGAGGUAUCUUUGAAGUACGCGCUACGGCUGGCAACACGCAUUUGGGUGGUGAAGACUUUGAUACACGCCUCGUCAAUUAUCUUGCUCAAGAAUUCAAGCGAAAAACCCACAAGGAUGUCACUUGUAAUCCACGUGCAUUGCGUCGUUUGCGAACAGCAUGUGAACGAGCCAAACGCACACUUUCAUCCAUUGCACAAGUGACUAUUGAAAUCGAUUCUCUUUUGGAUGGCAUGGAUUUUUAUACGACCAUCACACGUGCACGUUUUGAAGAGUUAUGCAAUGAUCUCUUUCGCCAAACAUUGGAACCCGUGGAACGUGUGCUCAAGGAUGCCAAGAUUGACAAGGAUGACGUGGGCGAUAUUGUCUUGGUGGGUGGAUCCACUCGUAUUCCAAAGAUCCAAAAGAUGGUUGCUGGUUUGUUUGAUGGCAAGGAGCCAAGUCGAUCCAUCAAUCCUGACGAGGCUGUUGCUUAUGGUGCUGCCGUACAAGCUUCCAUCCUUUCUGGUGAAACAUCCGACAAGAUUGACAGGGUGCUUUUGAUUGACGUAACGCCAUUGUCAUUGGGUAUCAAAACAAUGGGAGGCAUCAUGUCCACCUUGAUCAAGCGCAAUACCACUGUGCCCACUCGCAAGUGUGAAACCUUCACCACUGGCAGAACCAACCAAAUGAAUGUCCACAUUGAAGUCUAUGAAGGUGAACGUGCACGUACUCAAGACAACAAUCUUCUCGGUCAUUUUAUGCUUUGUGGCAUCCCUCCUGCACCUGCUGGUAUUCCCAAAGUGGAAGUGACCUUCAAUAUUGAUGUCAAUGGUAUCUUGCAUGUGAGUGCACAAGAAACGGCUACGGGACGAUCCAACAAGAUUACGCUUGUCAACAAUGGAAGUCGCUUAUCCAAUGAUCAAAUCGAACAAAUGGUGGCUGAUGCUCGACGUUUCAAGGCGCAAGAUGAUGCUGCUGCUGCCCGUAUCCAUGCAAAGAAUGCACUUGAAAGCGUCAUUUACCAGUUGCGAGAGCAAGUCGAUCUUGUUCAUGGUGUUGGAGGCAUCGUGGAGACAUCAGAUGAGUGGGAACGAUUUGAACAAACAUUGAAUGAUACCAUCCAUUGGCUCAACCAACAGGAGCAUGCGACUCGCCAGGAAUAUGAGGAAAAACGUCAACAUCUUAUGACCCUUGCCAGACCUAUUUUGAGAGCCUUUAGCAAUCCCGCUCCCUUUUCUUUUCUUUUUUCACCUGAUCAUUGA